GCUGUCACCAUGGCUCCAGUUUCAACCGUAAAGCGUCCGAUUAUCAAGAAGCGGACAAAGAGAUUCCCUCGCUUUCAAUCGGACAGAUGGAAGCGCCUUAGCUCCUCAUGGAGGAAACCGAAGGGUAUUGAUUGCCGUGUUCGCCGGAAGUUCAAGGGCACCAACCUUAUGCCGAACAUUGGCUACGGCUCAAACAAGAAGACCCGACACAUGCUCAGGAGCGGUUUUUACAAGUUCCGCGUCGAGAGGCCUGAGGACAUAGAUAUGCUGUUGAUGCACAACACAAAGUUUGCCGCCGAGAUCGCCCAUGGCGUAUCUACAAGGAAGCGUUGUGCGAUCGUUGAGAGGGCAGAACAGCUUAACGUACGUGUUCUCAAUAAGUCAGCUCGCCUGAAAAAAUGUGAGAAAGAGUGA